AAUUACACCAGAUGUAACUGCAUCGUCGUCAGCGGUGCCCUGGGAUCUGCCGUCCCGGGGACCUGCGGCAUCAAGUGUUCCCGGCUCCUGAUUCCUUUCGUGGUGCUCGCCUGCAUAUCCGGUUUUAUGGCAAGCCUCACACACACGCCAGCCUUCAUGCUCAUCCUCAGGAACGUUAAGGCCGAAGACAAGUCUUUUGCCAUCGGGAUCCAGUUCCUCUUGCUACGAGUUGCCGCCUGGCUGCCGGCCCCGGUGGUCUACGGCAGCAUCAUCGACACCGCCUGCCUCCUGUGGCAGUGGAAAUGCCAGAAGAAAGCCGCCUGCAGGUACUACGACAGCACCGUCCUCCGGCACAGGUUCAUCGGCCUCCAAGUCGGGUUCGAAGCCUGCUGCCUUCUCUGCCUGGUGGUCGUCUACUACCUCUACUGGAGGAAGGGGCGGUCUCAGCGAAAGCCCACGGAAGAAAACCGCCCGGCUGAAGGACCAGAGCAAAUGCCGGAAGCGACCAGUUGAUCCGCCCGCUGGGACACCCGGCUUCUCUCCUGCCGAGUGGAAAGGCCGAGCUCCGUGCACGAGCCCUGAACUGCAGGAGCAACGGGGACGCGGCGGACAGAUGACUCUUUCCUGCACCCGCCCCUGCGCUGGCACGUCCCGUCCUCUCUUCCUUUGCACACAACACCUCUGGAGUUAGUUACCCGGCUGCCAGCCGGGGGAAAGCGCGGUAGAACUGCAAUCAGUCAAUAAAUAACCUGUCUCCUGGUCAGAGA